GUUGUUGUUGUACAUCUCUCUCUCUUUCUUUCUUUCUCUCUCCUCUUCUCGCUCUUUUCUAAACUAGUCUCUCUCUCUCUCUCUCUCUCUCGUCACUUGAAUCGCAAUUUCUCGGUCUAUUUCAUUAUUAUUAUUGUUAUCGAGUUUGUGUUCCUGGAGGAGUAUUGUCUGUCCCUAAUUAAGGUGUAUUGGAAGAGUAAUAAAGAAUAAGAGAGGAAUUUGCCUUCAAAAAAGUUUGACAAGAUGUCCGGACAGAGCCAGCGCCUGACUGUCGUUCCGACCGUGACAAUGCUCGGAGUAAUGAAAGCUCGGCUCGUGGGGGCCACAAGGGGCCACGCCCUGCUCAAGAAGAAGAGCGAUGCACUAACUGUGCAGUUCCGUCAGAUUCUAAAGAAAAUUGUCUCCACAAAAGAAUCCAUGGGCGACGUAAUGAAAACCUCCUCAUUCGCACUCACAGAAGCUAAGUAUGUGGCGGGCGAGAAUAUCAAACACAUUGUCCGCGAAAACGUCCAAACCGCAUCUCUCAAAGUCCGUUCGCGCCAGGAGAAUAUCGCCGGUGUGAAACUUCCGAAAUUCGAGUAUUUCAUGGACGGAGAAACUAAGAAUGCCCUGACUGGGCUAGCGAGAGGUGGGCAGCAAGUACAAGCCUGUCGUGCAGCGUAUGUGAAAGCUAUUGAGCUGCUUGUUGAGCUCGCUACUCUCCAGACCUCGUUUUUGACACUCGACGAAGCUAUCAAGACCACAAACCGGAGAGUCAAUGCGUUGGAGAGUGUUGUGAAGCCACGUUUGGAGAAUACGAUAAUGUACAUCAAGGGAGAGUUGGAUGAGUUGGAAAGAGAGGAUUUCUUUAGGUUGAAGAAGAUACAGGGUUACAAGAGGAGAGAGGUCGAGAGGCAGAGGGAGGCUUCAAAGGCGUACGCCGAAGAGAAAUUGGCAGAGGAUAUGUCUUUGCAGAGAGGUGUUUCUAUUAACGCAGCGCAUAACAUGUUGUCCCAGGCUAUGCACAAAGACGAGGACAUCAUCUUUUGAAAUGUUCGAUUGAUGCUGUGUCUGUGUGGCUGUUGCUCGGUUCGUUGUUUUUUAUUUAGGUGUGAUAAUGUUUAUUUGGCGGACGUGGGAUAUUUAUUGAAAUAAAAGCUUUGUGUAUGCUCGUACUUGCGCUUCAAUGUGUGUACACGUUGUGAAGAUAAUGAGGGGUUUUGUAAUUUUU